CGGGAGGAUCGGAAAGGUUGAAAAUGGGAAGGAAUUUGUCUCCAGGAAACUCAAACAUGGCACACCAGUUUUGUUGUCUCUGUCUAGAUAUUUAAGAAGUGGAGCAAGGGAUUCGAUCGACAAUCCUUCCUGCUCAAACUGUGGGGAGGGAUUCACUUGGUCAUUUGACCAAAUUGCAAGCCUGUCAUUUUACACGGGAGAAAGGCCGUUCACCUGCUCAGACAGUGGGAAUGGAUUCACUCAGUCAUUUCAACUGAAGGUACAUCAGCAAGUUCACACUGGGCAAGGCCAUUCAUCUGUUCCGUGUGUGAGAAAGGAUUCUGCCGGGCAUCCCACCUGUGGACAAACCAGUCAGAUCACACUGGGCAGAGGCUGGUCAUCUGCUGAAUUUCGGGGAAGGGAUUCUCUGGGUCAUCUGACCUAAUGGCACACCAGUCAGUUCACACUGGAGAGUGGCCAUUCACCUGCUCAGACAGUGGGAAUGGAUUCACUCGGUUAUCUCAACUGAAGGUACAUCAGCAGGUUCACACUGGGCAAGGCCAUUCUGUGUGUGGGAAAUGAUUCUGUUGGUCAUCCCACCUGUGGACACAUCAGUUAGAUCACACCGGGCACAGGCUGUCAUCUGCUGAAUUUCGGGGAGGGGAUUCUCUCGGUUAUCUGAUCUAAUGGCUCACCAGCGACUUCACACCAGGGGGCGGCCGUUCACCUGCAUAGUCUGUGGGAAGGGAUUCACUCAGUCAUCCCACCUACUGAGCCAUCAGCGAGUUCACACUGGGGAGAAGCCAUUCACUUGCUCAGUCUGUGGGAAGGGAUUCACUGAGUCAUCCAACCUACUGAGUCAUCAGCGAGUUCACGCUGGAGAGAGGCCAUUCACCUGCUCAGUCUGUGAUAGGAGAUUCACUGUGUCAUCCCACCUAUUGGUACAUCAGCGAGUUCACACCGGGGAGAAGCCGUUCACCUGCUCAGUCUGUGAGAAGAGAUUCACUUGGUCAUCCCAACUACUGGCACACCAGUUUGUUCACACUGGAGAGAAGCCGUUCACCUGCUCAGAAUGUGGGAAGGGAUUCACACUGUCAUCCCGCUUACUGGUCCAUCAGCGAGCUCACACUGGGGAGAAGCCAUUCAUCUGCUCUGUCUGUGGGAAGAGAUUCACUGCAUCAUCCAACCUACUGGUACAUCAGCGAGAUCACACUGGGGAGAGGCCAUUCAUCUGCUCAGUCUGUGGGAGGGGAUUCACUCAGUCAUUCAGACUACAGAGUCAUCAGAGAGUUCACACUGGGGAGAAGCCAUUCACCUGCUUAGUCUGUGGGAAGAGAUUCACUGAGUCAUCCAGCCUACAGAGACAUCAGCGAUUUCACACUGGGGAAAAGCCGUUCACAUGCUCAGUCUGUGGGAAGAGAUUCACUGAGUCAUCCAGCCUACAGUCACCAGCGAGUUCACACUGGGGAGAAGCCAUUCACCUGCUCAGACUGCGGGAAGAGAUUCACUGAUUUAUCCAACCUACAGAGACAUCAGCGAGUUCACACUGGGGAGAAGCCAUUCACCUGCUCAGUCUGCGGGAAGGGGUUUACUGAGUCAUCCUACCUACAGAGACAUCAGCGAGUUCACACUGGGGAGAAGCCAUUCAACUG